AUGACGUCUCCUCCCUCGCUUGAUCCUUUCCCUCCCCCAAUUCCCGUUGAAACCCACCCCAACCGCACCCCGGGAUCCAAGUCUCCUGAACCCGAACGGUCCCUCCCCGACCCCAAUCGAUUGGCACCGGAGGAUGCUUACUUUGCUCCGUCCCUCUCGCGCGUCCGGUCAGCACCUGCAAAUUAUGACGAUAAUCUGCGCUCCUUGAAUGGCGAUAAUGCGGCCCAUCUCAGUUCUGCUGCGGCAUUGCGCAAGAAGUUGGGUGGUUCUGGGAGGCGUCGCAAGCGAAAGGGUGCUUGGAAGAAGUUGCUCUGGGUUAAACAGUCAUACCCGGAUAACUAUACCGAUACCGAAACAUUUCUCGACCAUCUGCAGCGCAACCCCAGAGUACGGCCGUACGAUUUUUGGCCCCUGGUGGCAGAUUCAACCGUGAUCGUGCAGCAUGUAUGCUCAGUGGCCAUAUUCGUUUGUUGCUUCGUUGGUAUCGUCCAAGACAGAGUGAGCCCUGUCUCGAUUGUCUGCUGGGGAAGCGUGGGCACGGCCGUGGGUUGGACUCUAUGGGACAAUUGGAUCUGGAACGAACAUGCGCAAUCUGUACAAAGUGCAGAUCGUACCGCUGAAGGCGAUGACGGCUCCAGUUCGAGUUCAAUGGCUAGCGCCGCCAACCCACCUGCGAAUGACACGCAACCCGACGAAACGAAAACAAACGCCAUUCAUGGACUUGGGCUGACGAUGUCUGGAAAUCAAUCCAAGGAGCAAUUGACUAACCCCAGCGCAGAUAUCAAUGAAAACAUUGAUGGGGUGACAUAUACGAUAGCUCAAAACGCCGUAGCAUGUGCUCCUCCCAGUGCUAUCAUUAAUAGCACAGAUGGAUCUUUAUCCCAGGAUAUCCCCCGAGUGUCAAUGUUGUCUCCGCGCAAUCGACAGCGAAUGACCACAGUCAAAUCGGCCUUUCUCAUCUACUUCGCCCUUCUGGGAUUAAGUCCCAUCUUGAAAUCCCUUACCAAAUCCACCGCCAGUGACUCCAUCUGGGCCAUGAGCUGUUGGCUUAUAAUCAUGAAUAUAUUUUCUUUCGACUAUGGCAGUGGGGAAGGCGCAGGCGCCACCACCAAGUUCCCUGCAUCAUUGUCUACAAACGCGGCCGUGAUGGCAUCCACCGUACUUGCCUCUCGGUUGCCUUCCACGACACACGUGUUCAGUCUCAUGCUUUUCUCAAUGGAGGUAUUUGGGCUGUUUCCCAUCUUCCGGCGCCAGUUGCGACAAAAAUCAUGGACUGGUCAUGUCGUCCUGACACUAACCCUCGUGAUUGUGGCUGGUGGCGCUGUUGGUGUUACACUGAGCGGUGGAUGGGCAGCUGCCAUUAUUGGGUCCGUCCUGGGAAGUAUCCUGACCGCACUUGUGAUGGGCGGGUGCAGCUGGUGGCUUAUCAGCUUGCAGAAGUACAAGAACGUUGUGAUCGGUCCCUGGGACCCUGCGCGUCCUAUCAUUCGGCGGCAUUGGAACUGA